AUGUCAUUGUGGAAAAACCUUCGCAGCCGAUUAUCUCAGCUUCAAUUAGCAGUACGUUGUUACAGAAAAUUACCGAUAAAUGACCAUCUUUUUGGACUGAAUGAAGAUCAGAUCGCUCUGCGUAAAUCCGUAUUUGAAUUCGUGCAACAGAAGUUGGCUCCAUUUGCAUCAGAAAUCGAUGAAAAAAAUGAUUUUAACAAUCUAAGGAAAUUCUGGAAAGAACUUGGAGAACAUGGAUUACUUGGAAUAACAGCUCCAGUUGAAUUUGGUGGAUCUGGUUUAUCUUAUUUGGAACAUGUUAUUGCUAUGGAAGAAGUUUCGCGUGCAAGUGGAUCUAUUGGCCUUUCAUAUGGAGCUCAUUCUAACCUCUGUGUAAAUCAGAUUGUUCGUAAUGGUAGCAAAAAGCAAAAAGAACAAUAUUUACCUAAGCUCAUAAGUGGAGAACACAUUGGGGCAUUGGCCAUGAGUGAAGUAAAUGCUGGGUCAGAUGUUCUUUCAAUGAAAUUACAAGCUGUCGAGAAAUCUGACCAUUAUGUUUUAAACGGAUCGAAGUUCUGGAUAACCAAUGGACCAGACGCGGACGUUGUUAUUGUGUAUGCUAAGACUGGUAAAAAAAAGUCUAAUUACGGUGUCACUGCUUUUAUAGUUGAAAAGCAAUUCAAUGGUUUUAAAAGCUCUCCGAAAUUCACAAAACUGGGAAUGCGAGGAUCCAAUACUAGCGAAUUGAUAUUCGAUGAAUGUAUUGUUCCAAGGGAAAAUGUUUUGGGUGAACCUGAAAAAGGUAUUUAUGUUCUUAUGACUGGGCUUGAUUCAGAGCGACUCGUUCUAUCUGGAGGACCACUUGGAUUAAUGCAAGCGGCUUGCGAUUUUUCCUUUGAUUACGCACAUCAUAGGAAUGCCUUCGGCAAUAAAAUCGCCAGUUUUCAGUUGAUACAGGCAAAAAUGGCAGAUAUGUAUACCACACUGUGUGCAUGUAGAUCGUACAUAUACGGUAUUGCUCGUUCUACUGCUAAUGCCAAUUUAACCAACAAAGUAACUGCUUUGUUCCAAACAAAUUUCAAUGCUUAA